AUGGCUUUAGUGGGACAAAGUGGCUCUGGCAAAAGCUCUGUCCUUGCUCUGAUACUUCGAUUCUACGAUCCAACAGCAGGAAAAGUGAUGAUCGAUGGCAAAGAUAUCAAGAAACUCAAGGUGAAAUCUCUUCGAAAGCACAUAGGGCUAGUCCAGCAAGAGCCAGCUCUCUUUGCUACAUCGAUAUUUGAAAACAUUUUAUAUGGGAAAGAAGAAGCCUCUGAAGCUGAAGUAAUUGAAGCGGCUAAGCAUGCUAAUGCUCAUAGUUUCAUUAGUUCUCUUCCUGAGGGUUACUCAACCAAAGUUGGGGAACGAGGGGUGCAACUAUCGGGUGGCCAAAAGCAAAGGGUGGCCAUUGCCCGAGCCGUCCUUAAAAAUCCAGAAAUCUUGCUACUUGAUGAAGCCACUAGUGCUCUAGAUGUGGAGUCCGAGCGUAUUGUGCAACAAGCUCUGGACAGGUUGAUGAGGAAUAGAACAACAGUUAUGGUGGCACAUAGGCUAUCGACUAUAAAGAAUGCAGACCAAAUAUCAGUUAUACAAGACGGAAAAAUAAUAGAGCAAGGGACUCAUUCUAGUCUCAUAGAAAACAAAGACGGUUCAUAUUUUAAGUUGGUUCGUCUUCAGCAACAACAAGGACUUGAACAGAAUCAUUAA